CUCAAAAGUCUUUCCGAAGGUUAGUGAAUUGUAAUCCUACUUGAUUGCUUGGAAGUCAUCGAACAAAAUAAAAUAGGCUUUAUCUCCAUCUCCUGAAGUUGGAAUCUCAUACGAUUCACUCGUUGGUAAUUUAGCUCUCUUCAGAAUGACAAGCAGGAAUUAACAACUCAUUUCAAAGAGAAACUUCGUCGCUUAAAGGUUCCCGUCUGUCUUUCCAGAUACCACGACCUUACUCAACUUGACCUCUUUUCGCGUUGCAGUACUCUUCAACCAAUUUCUGACAAAAAACGACAGGUGCAACCACCAAAGCGGCAUAAAAAAGAACGACUGACCCCGAGAAGUAGUAGAAAUACUCUCUAAACACCGCUGGAUCUAUUUCAAAAAUCAAGCUCUUGUUCUCCAGACCCUUUACUAUCGAAUCUGAAACCACUCAUGUCUGGCCCGCUCGGCUUGCCGCUCUUCUUGACUAUUUGAGAGGACACCAACAAAAUAAAUCAGGAAAAAAACAAGUCAUUUUGGUUCUGAAACUGAUCAAGGCUCUGAAACUAGUCGUGGAAUCGGCGGAUCUGUUUUCUCGAUCCCGGCAAAUCACAUCAUGGCCAUUCCUCCCGAAAGCUGCAGGAUACGUGCUGUUAAUCCAUCGGAGGUCGGUGGCGCGUGGGGAGCGGCAUAUGCGGUUGGCACGCCCAUCUCGGCACUGGUGACGGGCAUUUGUUGUGCACUAGCGAUCGAAUAUUUCCAACAAUUUCCCCAGGACGCCACGCGAAUUCGCUUAUCUGUGAUAGUGGUUGUUGCAACCACUAUCUUUGGCCUCCUUUUAGCAAUGGAUUUGACCUAUGUCAGAUUGGUAAAAAAUGCCACGCCACCCGGGGGUUUCGGUGAUAUUCCUUGGCAAGACGACGCAGUGGCUCUGAUAUGUGGAGUCUGUCAACUCAUUUGCAGUGCCUAUUUUGCUUAUUCUGCUUAUUCAGUAGCAACCAAAAAAAAGCUUCUGAUGAUUUGGUAUGGAUUGCUCAUGGCAGUCAUAUUUCUAAGUGCUUUCUUCAGAGCAAUUCUUGGUCUGACGCCUACGGAUUGGUCUGAUGGUGCCGCACUCUGUCCGAAAAUGACUUUCAUGUGGCUCAUCUGCUCCUUGCUAUUAGACUUUAGUAUUGCUGUGACGCUUUUGGCACAUCUUCGAAAAGCGGCACCAAUACCUCAACUCCAUACUGCCAGCUUACCAGCACCAGCUUCUCUCCUCAAUCAUUCCAACCAUGCUUGGGUCGUACAGCAACCGCAAGCCCCGCUACUCAGCCGACUACUCACCACUAUAUUGACAUCUUUUUCACUCACUGCCAUCCUUAUGUUUUCGCUUCUGAUCCUUGUGCUGGCUAUGCAUGGUACCGAGUUUGACCCACAGCUUCCCAAAGCUACGGGAAUCUUCACGGCUCUGAGAUUACUGGCAACCCCAACAUAUGCAGUCACAUUUCUCUACACGUUGAAUCGCAGGAACUGCCGACAAGCUGUUUACCACAAUUCUAUUUUCAAUGGGCACAUGCAAACCUUGGCACCACGCACCAGUCACAACACCAACCUUCCCUUUCAGCCUCCCAGAGCAAUCAAUGACCGUGCGAUGGAAGUCCAACUACCUGCCGCAGAGGCAAGAACAAAUUGGACACACAUGCUUGGUACCGCAAGUACAAGAUCCACCCGCACAAGAAAUGGAAAAGAAAACAUGACUCAAAUGGCAAAGUUUGAUUUUGCGGAAACUUUCAAAACCUUCUCACCCGCAUCUUUUCGGAAAGGAUUGACUAAAUCCACACCUACAUUACCCAAACCACCACCUUCUAUCCACUUCAACACAUCUCAACCAGACCUCAUGUCUCAAACCAGCCCUCAUUUGCAAAAUUUUGAUAACCUCAACCAUAGUUACAUCUCAGUUGAAAGGCACCCUGAGUCUCAACAUAGUUGUGUGGUUCAGAUUCAUCAUGGGACUGCUAUUUGAACUUGGUUUUACAAUUAGAGUUAAGAAUUUCUCCGGCUCAAAUUAUAUUAACUACACAUUUUAAUAAAUGAUUCUUUCUAAAAUUUGAUCAUCUUGAUCUCAUAGCUUAAUUUGGCUUUCUCAUCUUCUUAAUAUUUCUGUUGUUUUACAUAGACAUAUAUAUAUACACUUUUUAAAUAAAAUUAUUCUCAUCUUUGGACUGCUCCAUGGUGCAUGUGCAUUUACAUCAAUUAACAAUAACUUCUCAUCUGAUUGGAUAUAUAUAUAUAUACAUUCACUAGUAUAUGCCCCCAAAUUUGGGGAGGCUGCUUGUUUUUGCCCCGGAUGUUGGGGGAUUUUACUUGUUUGAAGGUCCUAUGGUGUAAUAGCCUUUGCUUUUGAAGGUUGCUAUGAUUGUAAAGUCUUAAAUGACAUUGAAAUGUGCAACAUCAACACCGGUGUUAGAAGCCGCAUGAGAAA